AUUAAUUUUGGCAUCACUUUGGCUAAUUUUGACAGUUCAACGCGCUGCCAUAAAUCUGUAUUGUUGAACAAGCCCUAAGCAAGCACCCUCUAAAUGGUAGUCGUGUGUUUUUGUUUAAGAAAUUUCUUCUCAUAUUUCUUGUUUUUAUCCUCAAAAAUAAUUCAUUAUCAGCCAAUUAUUUACUAAAUCAAUAGAUUAGAUAUUACUUAAUGUAAUUAUUUACAAUUUCUUCUAUUAAAUAUUAACUGUGCUGCAUGCAAAUAAAAAAAAAAUUAAUUCUUUGCUAAGUUAAAAAGAAAAGACACGAGAAAAAGAGUUGUAGGCACAGGAGCACACAAUUUCCCCAAAAAGCCAACAAAAGCAAUCGGGGGGAAAUUACUAUGAGCGCUUCGAAAAAAUACAAACAAAUGGAAACAGUCGAGGACACAGAAAACCUUAAACAAAGCAAACUCACCUCCUCCGACGACAGCAGCAGCAAUAACAAAUUUUUCGUGCGACAAAAUAACUCGGCGAACAACAACAUGAGCAAUUCACAACAGCAAGUUCCAUUUGGUUCGGCCAAUGGCGAACGACGUCCAAAUUUCUCAAUGCUCAACAAUGCUCAGGUGGCUGAGAAUAGAUCGUCCUUUUUAAAUAAGACAUCGAUGAAUAAUUUGUCGAAGCCGGGAGAUGUUAAGAAAAUUGUUAUAAAAAACUUUAAAUUGAAACCGACACUACCAGAAAAUUAUUCAGAAAAAACAUGUGAAAAACUACAAGAGGCCGUUAUUGCAAUUCAGUUAUCGAAACCAAUUCAAUACUCCCUCGAAGAACUCUAUCAGGCUGUGGAAAAUAUGUGCAGCCAUAAAAUGGAUGCACAACUUUAUGCCAAAUUGACUGCAUUAACUGAAAGUCAUGUUAAAAAGAAUGUUGAUUCAUUCACUGGUGAAAGUAUGGAUAAAUUGGUUUUUCUAAAUAAAAUCAACGGUUGGUGGCAAUCGUUCUGUCACCAAAUGAUCAUGAUGCGUAGUAUUUUUUUGUACCUCGACCGCACUUAUGUUUUACAAAAUCCGACUGUUCAUUCUAUAUGGGACAUGGGACUGGAUCUCUUUCGUACUCAUAUUGCACUCAACAGUUUAGUUCAGAAACGUACUGUUGAGGGUCUACUUCUGCUAAUUGAAAAAGAACGAAACGGCGAUGCCGUAGAUCGUGCAUUGCUCAAGAGUCUCGUUCGAAUGCUUUGUGAUUUACAAAUAUACUCAAGCGCUUUCGAGGACAAAUUUUUGAUUGCAACAAAGCAACUUUAUCAAGCUGAAGGCCAACGUAAAAUGCAGGAAUUGGAAGUGCCUGAAUAUUUGCAACACGUUGAUAAGCGCCUUGCCGAAGAGAAUGAACGAUUGUUACACUACUUGGAUUCGAGUACAAAAUAUCCACUUAUAUAUACAGUAGAAAAAGAGCUUCUAGCUGAACACCUAACGCAGAUUUUACAAAAAGGUUUAGACACGUUAUUAGAGGAAAAUAGACUGAUCGAAUUGACACUGCUCUACAGUUUAUUGAGUCGCGUCAAAAAUGGUACCACAGAGUUAUGUGGUAAUUUCAAUGGUUAUAUAAAGAAAAAAGGACGUACCAUUGUUAUUGAUCCCGAAAAGGACAAGAGUAUGGUGCAAGAUUUACUUGAUUUCAAAGACAAAAUGGAUGUUAUAGUGCGAACAUGCUUCGAACACAAUGAAAAAUAUACAAACUCAUUGCGAGAAGCAUUUGAGUUCUUUAUAAAUCAACGAGCCAACAAACCAGCUGAAUUGAUUGCAAAAUAUGUGGAUAUGAAAUUGAGAGCGGGCAACAAGGAAGCCACAGAGGAAGAAUUAGAACAGAUUCUUGAUAAAAUCAUGGUGUUGUUCAGAUUCAUUCAUGGAAAAGAUGUAUUUGAAGCGUUUUAUAAAAAGGACCUGGCGAAACGACUUAUUGUGGGUAAAUCAGCCUCAGUGGAUGCCGAAAAGAGUAUGCUGUCUAAGCUUAAACAAGAAUGUGGUGGUGGUUUUACAUCAAAACUCGAAGGAAUGUUCAAAGAUAUGGAACUUAGUCGUGACAUUAAUAUCGCAUUCAAGCAAUAUGCCGUGAAUUUAGACCGAGAAUUCACAAAUAUAGAUUUGACCGUUAAUAUCCUAACAAUGGGUUAUUGGCCAACUUAUCCACUUACUGAAGUAACUAUGCCACCACAGCUUGUGAAGCCACAACAAGUAUUCAAUAAAUUCUAUUUGGCCAAACAUAGUGGUAGGAAAUUACAAUGGCAACCGACUCUUGGACAUUGUGUUCUUAAAGCUCAAUUUGAUCAUGGGCCAAAAGAUCUUCUCGUUUCUCUCUUUCAAGCACUUGUGUUGUUGUUGUUUAACGACAAGAAUAUUCUUAGUUUUGAGGAAGUUAAAGCAGCAUGUAAUAUUGAAGACGGAGAAUUACGAAGGACGCUGCAAUCUCUUGCCUGUGGCAAGGCCCGAGUUCUGACAAAAAUCCCUCGUAGCAGGGAAGUUGAAGACAAGGAUCAGUUCCAAUUUAAUAACGAGUUCACAAAUAAGCUCUUUAGGAUUAAAAUAAACCAAAUUCAAAUGAAAGAGACGGCGGAAGAACAGAAAGCCACAGAGGAACGUGUGUUCCAAGAUCGACAGUAUCAAAUAGAUGCCGCUAUAGUUAGGAUAAUGAAAAUGCGAAAAACAUUGAGUCAUAAUCUAUUGAUAGGAGAACUAUUUAAUCAGUUGACUUUCCCCGUAAAGCCUGCCGAUUUGAAAAAACGAAUUGAAUCUCUUAUCGAUAGAGACUACAUGGAACGCGAUAAGGAUAAUCAAAACCAAUAUAAUUACGUCGCUUAAAAGGAGGACUCAUUAUUUUUUUGCAAAAUAAAAAUACAAUUCUUUAAUAUAAUUUAAACAAAAGAAGAAAUAAACAACCCCGUGCGAAACAAAACAGCUAUUUGCGUAGAAAAGUAAAUACUAUUGAUAUAUAAAUGGAUAUAAAUGUGAAACUACAGAAAAGAAAAACACGAGAAAUCAUUAAAAAUAUGUAAAACCAAA